GGCGGGUAGUAAGUGGGAAAGAAGAAUGUUUCUGUCUCUGCCAACGUUGACUAUUCUGAUUCCACUCAUCUCUUUAGCAGGAUUGUUCUACUCUGCCUCUGUGGAAGAAAACUUCCCACAGGGCUGUACCAGUACUGCUAGCCUUUGCUUUUAUAGUUUGCUCUUGCCGAUUACCAUACCAGUGUAUGUGUUUUUUCACCUUUGGACUUGGAUGGGUAUUAAACUAUUUAGGCAUAAUUAGUGCAACCAUAGCCAAGAUGGUAAACCUAUUGAUGAUAGGUCUUAGGUAUAUAUCUCUGAAAGCUCAAUUAGAUGCAAGUACUGGAGACCCAUUUAGCUUUCAGGAAAGUUGCUUUGCCUUGCUUCUCUUGGGCUUAGGACUGCAUAAGCUGCAUAAGCUUCUUGGUACUUUUGUUCUGCCCUUGUUUUUUGAAGAUUCUGACUUAUAACUGCUGAAUCAGAAGAAACAUUUCAAUAACAGUUCUUGAUGGAGAUUAACACCCCUAUUAAUCUGAGGCCAUUUCUUAGCUUAUUAAUGUAAAAAUUCAAUCAUUUGGAUUUUAUUUGUUUAACUUCAGCAUCAGUGGUAAAGCCACAGCCAUGUUAGAGAUGACUCAGUUAAUCCCAAAGAAGUUAUGGAAGAGUUUUUAGAGAAAUGCAUUUGAACUAGUGUGAUAUAAAACUGUAUAAUAAAAUGGAAAUUUCAUGUACUUAAAAAAAAUUCUGAGUUCAUAAAAUUACCUUAAUCUCUUUGGUUUCAAAUAUAAUAAGAAGUUGACA